CAUUGUCUUCUUUUCCUUAUUACACACACACACAUAUACACACACAUAAUCAUCAUUUUUGUAUUACACAUACAUUGGUGUCAAGAUUCAAUCGUUCGGGGUUUAUAAAUUUGUCAUCUAACUUUUAGUUUUCGUUUAAUUUAUUAUUCUUUUUUUUUUUGGUUGGUACGCGAUUAAUUACGAGGAUAAAUUAUACUUCGAUGGGUUAUGAGCGUCGUCCAAUCGUCGCUGGAACGACGCUUACAAAUUUUCCCUAGUUAACGGCUGCUAACUGACGUUUCCACGGCAACGCGUAGUAGUUCGGCAACGGCACACGAUGAUGAAACGAAACUCGAGAGUUUGAUAGAAAGCGACAGUAUCUGGAAGAGGAUCAUCGAGUUGUGAACGUGGCCCAAGUGUUUGUGCAGUCUCAGUCAUUCCUAGUACAAGGAAUCCUAGAUAGGAUCGUGGAUGCAGCCUGGGAUUGGAGUAGGUGAUGGAGGGGGUGGUGGCAGUAGAGGAAGAGGAGGAGGAGGGGGUGGUGCAAACCACGUGGCUGGAACAGCCGACGAUGAGGCACCGAAAGAUCCAGGUGCUCGUAUCACUCAUCAAUCCUACACCGAAAAGGAUUACGAAGGUCACCGAGCACACACGGUCUAUGUGGGUGUACAUUUACCCGGAGAGAGAAGACACCGUCGUCAUCAUAAACACCAUCAUUCCCAACGGCAAUCUUAUGGGGAAAGUAACGAUGAUACCGACAACGAUAGACCCAACAUUGCAGGACAAUUGGUGAUGAAGCGCAGGGCUCGUCUCGCGAGCAUUUGCGACCCCGACGGCGAAAUGAUAUUCACACCACCGGCCCAGAGAGUGCAAUUUAUUCUCGGCGAGGAAGUCGGGGACGAUGCUCACGAAUCGCAUCCUCUAUUUUCCGAAAUGGAAGAACUUGUCAAGGAUGGAGAUGAAAUGGAAUGGAAGGAAACCGCUAGGUGGAUCAAAUUUGAAGAAGAUGUUGAAGAAGGUGGAAACAGGUGGAGCAAACCACACGUAGCAACGUUAUCGUUACACUCGCUCUUCGAAUUGAGAAGUUUGCUUUUGAAUGGAACUGUUAUGCUUGACAUGGAAGCCAACAGUCUUGAACAGAUAGCUGAUCUGGCCUUGGAUAACAUGAUCAAUAAAGGUUCACUACCGAUCGAGACUCGAGAAAAAGUAAGGGAAACACUUUUGGUGAGACAUCGACAUCAGCACGAAAGACGCAAGGACAACAAUAUGUCGAGAUUACCGAUCAUCAGAUCUUUGGCAGAGAUUGGUCGCAAUCAUUCGUCAUCUAAGAAAAACGGCUGUACAUGUGGUAUGCAUGCCUUGUUGACGUCAGAUUUGCAGGAGCGUCGUGAUCCCGGGGACGCCUAUGCGCCCUCAGUUGGUCGUAGCAGCAGUUGUCCAAAUUCAAACACGGCCCUUCUUUCGAAAGAAGCUAAAGAUCUCAAAGGGCCUUACCUUCUGGUACCAGUGGAGGAAUCAAAUUCCGUUCCGACGAUCGCCGGUGCAACAAAUCAGACCGGUGGAACACCGAUGAAUGCUGGUGGCCGUUUCCUUGCCAUUCCCGGCAAUCCCGGACAAGAACCAGGUGCCAACGGAAUCGAUCGAAGUCCUAGCAGCGUUUCGAUUAGCAGAAAUCAUAGUUCUUCCGCUUUGGAAAAUGGGGAUGCCAAUCAUCGGGGUAAUACACAUUUUAUGAGAAAAAUACCAGCAGGAGCGGAAGCCAGUAACAUUUUGGUAGGCGAAGUUGAUUUUCUUGACAAAACAUUGUCCGCCUUCAUACGACUCAGUCAGGCAGGAAUAAUGGGUGAUCUUACUGAAGUACCUGUACCAACGAGAUUUAUCUUCGUACUUUUAGGACCCAUGGGUGGAAUUUCGGGUUUCCAUGAAAUUGGACGAGCAAUGGCAACGUUGAUGUCUGACGAGGUCUUCCACGAUGUUGCAUACAAGGCCAAAAAUAGGAAUCAUCUUCUUGCCGGUAUCGAUGAGUUUCUUGACGCUGUUACCGUUUUACCACCUGGCGAAUGGGAUCCUACGAUUAGAAUCGAACCACCUGCUGCCAUUCCGUCGCAAGACGUGAGGAAAAGGCCGAAAGAGGAAAAACCUAAGGAAGAAGCUGACGAGGAAGCUGACGAACAAAAGCAAAGAGAAGAAUCUGGUUUGUCCAGAUCGGGAAAAUUAUUUGGUGGGCUGAUAAACGAUAUCAAAAGAAAAGCGCCAUUUUACAUUUCCGAUUUUAAAGAUGCAUUAGCAUUGCAAUGCGUAGCGUCCUUCAUUUUCUUAUAUUUUGCGUGUCUCUCACCAAUCAUCACUUUUGGUGGUCUACUCAGCGAAGCUACUGGGAAAAACAUGGCCGCUAUGGAAUCCUUGGUAUCUGGUUUCGUUUGUGGACUCGGUUAUGGAUUUUUCUCCGGACAACCAUUGACAAUUCUUGGAUCAACCGGUCCCGUGUUGGUCUUCGAAACUAUUGUAUAUGAAUUUUGCAAACAAUCCGAUUGGAAUUACAUGUCAUUUCGUUUUUGGAUUGGCACCUGGACUGCCGUCAUUUUGUUAACCCUCGUUGCCCUUGACGCUAGCGCCUUCGUUUGCUACAUAACACGUUUUACCGAAGAAAAUUUUGCCACCCUCAUCGCUUUCAUUUUUAUUUACAAGGCUGUGGAAAAUGUCCUCUCGAUUGGCAAAAAGUAUCCCAUAAAUACUCACGCCAAUGAUCACUUGGCAUACGAUUGUUGGUGCAAACCACCGAACGAUAGUUCGCUUUAUGGCACUGAGAACGUCAAUUGGACGAAUUUGAAUCGGACUACGUGCCAGAAUUACAAUGGCACGUUGAUGGGAGAUAGUUGUAACAUACAACAACCUGUACCCGAUGUGUUCCUCAUGUCAAUUAUCCUUUUCAUGGGCACCUUCUUAUUAUCCGUCGAAAUGAAGGACUUUAAGAAUGCUCUUUUCUUUCCAUCUAAGGUUAGACAAGUGAUCAGCGAUUUUGCCGUUAUAAUAGCAAUCUUUUCGAUGUCCUUGUUGGAUCACUUCGUGGGUAUAGCAACGCCAAAGUUAGAAGUACCUGAAGAAUUCAAACCCACCUUGGAUGGCCGGGGAUGGAUGAUUUGGCCUUUUCAGAAUAAUCCAUGGUGGAGCGCCAUCGUGGCUGUUCUACCAGCUCUCUUGGGCACUAUAUUGAUCUUUAUGGAUCAACAGAUCACAGCUGUGAUCGUUAAUAGAAAAGAAAAUAAAUUAAAGAAAGGAUGCGGCUAUCAUCUGGACCUGUUUAUCCUUGCGAUCCUGAUCGAAAUCUGUUCGGUUAUGGGAUUACCAUGGUUCGUAGCUGCUACGGUGCUAUCGAUAAAUCACGUUAACUCGUUGAAAUUGGAAUCGGAAUGCGCUGCCCCAGGAGAAAAACCACAAUUUUUAGGUGUCAGAGAACAAAGAGUCACGCACAUACUGAUCUUUUUAAUGAUCGGUUGUUCCGUUUUAUUGACACCUAUGUUAAGACACAUACCAAUGCCAGUACUGUUCGGUGUCUUCCUUUAUAUGGGUGUUGCGUCAUUAAAAGGAUUACAAUUCUUCGAUAGAAUACUCAUCAUGCUUAUGCCGGUGAAGUACCAACCAGAUUAUAUGUUCCUUAGACAGGUGCCAUUAAAACGCGUCCACAUUUUCACUGCAAUACAAUUGACCUGUCUGGCAUGUCUUUGGAUCAUCAAAUCAUUCAGCACUACCUCCAUUUUAUUCCCAUUGAUGCUCGUGGUUAUGAUAGGAAUUCGAAAAUCAUUGGAUUUCGUUUUUACACAACGCGAAUUGAAGAUACUCGAUGACGUGAUGCCAGAACCAAGCAAGAAACAUGCCGACGAUCUUCGCCAAUUGGAAAGCGGCGAGGAACAUCAUCAAAAUUAUCCCAUCGGUUAUGGACCACCGGAAAACAUUCAAAUAUCAUAUUCGAAUGGUGAUAUUAUGAAGAUACCAUUGGCUAGCAUCAAUAUCAGCGAGGAAGUUAAUAAAACUGGAAUUUGGCAACAAGUUAAUGAAAGUAACGAGAAAACUAAACAAUCUAAAUUAAUGAACAAAUCGAAGAAACAUUCAAAGAAGGAUGGUUCGUUGCUGGUCGAUGAGACAACAAGGCUGACGACCAUGACAGAGGAAGACGAGGAUGACACUGGCAUAUCGAUCAAGGUAGAUCUGAUAAGAUCGAAGGAGAGUAUCGGCCCAGUGAAAGUAAAUGGCACUACAUCGGCAGAAACAUCUGUUUAACGAUUUAUCAAUUAUAUUUUGUUUUCUUUUUUUUGUUUUUUUUUUUUUAUCAUCAUUUUCAUUUUCAUAAUCA